AUGCGAGCAACAAUACUAUUUCGAAAACAGAGCAACAGUACAACGCCCAUGUCGCAAAGCCUCACAGCAUCAGAGAUAAAGAAAGCAGAGCAUAUGGUAUGCGAACUAGUCCAACGAGAAUGCUUUUCGAGCGAAAUCGCAGGUUUGUCAGUCGGCGGUAAAAUCGCCAAAAGAAGUUCGCUGUAUAAGCUUUCGCCGUAUCUCGACCAAAGUGGCCUAUUAAGAUUGAGCGGACGCAUCGACGAGGCCACAUACCUACCAAUGCAAGCACGACGACCGAUAUUAAUGCCUGCCAAACAUAUCGUGUCAACCCUGAUUGUACAACAUUUUCACAAAAUAAAUCAUCACCAGAAUUCCGCAAUCACCAUUAAUGCCAUCCGACAACAGUUUUGGAUACCGAAUUUGAAACCGCUCCUCAAGGCAGUUCAGCAAAGGUGUCAACAGUGUAUGAUCGACAAAGCAAAGCCAAACCAACCUAUGAUGGGUCAGCUGCCGGUCGACCGCAUAACUCCGUUCGUGCGCCCCUUUACAUACACAGGCGUCGACUUGUUUGGCCCUCUUAACGUCACCAUCGGUAGGCGCAAGGAGAAAAGGUGGGGCGUUAUAUUCACCUGCCUGACAGUUCGAGCUGCACACAUAGAGCUAGCUACCGACCUGAGCACCGAUGCGUUAAUUUUAUGCCUGCGGAAUUUUGUAAACCGACGUGGAACGCCGUCCAGAAUAAGGAGUGAUAAUGGGACAAAUUUUAUUGGCGCACAAAGGGAGUUGAGGGCAGCUGAGCAGUUGUUAGACACUGACCGCAUUCAAGCCGAGGCUGGCAGACAAAACAUCGAGUGGAUAUUUAACUGUCCGCUGAACCCCAGUUCGGGUGGCUGCUGGGAGCGCUUGAUAAGGAUUAUAAAGUCGCUGUUAAGCAAGACGUUGCGUGAGGUAGCCCCAAGACCCGACACUCUGCACAGCGUGUUAAUAGAAGCGGAAAAUAUCAUCAACUCCCGACCGCUAACUGACCUGCCUAUAAGCCAUGAAGAAGAUGAGCCGUUAACACCCAAUCACUUCUUGUUGGGGUGCGUUAAUUCAACGCAGACGCCGAACCCUGUUGACGAGAAGAUUUGCCUAAGGAAGCAGUGGAGAAUCGCGCAAAACCUCAAGGACCGGUUGUGGAAGCGAUGGACAACCGAGUACCUGCCUCAGCUAUUGUGCCGUACUAAGUGGCAGGACAAAGCAAUACCGCUUCAAGCGAACGACCUGGUGAUAUUGUGCGACUCAACGCUGCCCCGUAGUCAAUGGGUACGCGGCCACAUAACUCAAGUUUUUCCCGCCAAAGACGGACAAGUACGUACCGUGGAGGUGCGAACGAAGAGCGGACUACUACGCAGACCAGUUUCGCGUUUAGCAAAGUUAGAAGUUGGUGGUGAAUCCUGUGAGGAUUCACGGGGGGCGGGGUGUUAG